AUGGCACGGACGAUUGGACAAACGCAAAUCCCCAAGAUGGCACUCGAGUUGCUCCAGUCGGCAGCGACGUGUGACAAGGCUGCGUACAAGUGGAAGAGUCAGUCGUUGGAAGAUCUUGCAUUGGGCAUGUUGAUUGAAUUGGCACUUCGAGAGAAUGAACAAGAAGCACAGUUCCGUGCCCAACUGGGUAUUAUCAAGGGGCAACCAGCACAAAAACAGAACAUGAAUUGUUGGUCCCGAGUUUGUAUGCCAUUUCUUGUCGAGACUAUUUGGAACCCAUUACUCCAAGUAGUGGAAUUCACGGGGUGCGAGCACAAGCCAUUGUCAAGCGAUUCGACCGAAAAGAGCAAGAUGUUAUUGUUGUUCCGGAAUACCGAAAAGAGCAAGAUAGUAUUAUUGCGGUGGACCACCAACCACACAACAGGAAACACGUGUCAUCCAUUGCUAGUUUUUGAUGGAUGGAUGGAGAAAAAGAACCCAAGCCGUUUAGGCGCCAAGGAACGCGGCUGGGGGUCUUGA